UGGGGAGUAACGGUACGGGGUGGGGGGGUUGCAUCCUCGUCAAUACGGUGCGGUUCCAGGCUGGAUUUGUAGCGAUCCGAGCCGGGAGAGCGGCUUUCCCGGUGGCCGAGGCCUCGGCCGGGUUCCGUGACUGUUCGGGUCAGGCGGCGGUGUGGCGCCGUGCUGGAAUGCAGGAAUGGCUCAAGAAGUAAUUGAUGUCGAUAUGCAGCCAGAGGAAGAAGUUGUUCCGUCGCAGUUAAUACUUCGUGACCCAGCUUCAAGCUCAACAGGGCCAAGCACUGACAACAAUCCUGGCAGUGAGGAGCCCUUACCAGCAGUCCCUCCAAGUUCUCAUCGUGGUGGGCUGGAAGCAGCAUUACUAACUGAGGAACUUCAAAGGCUGCAAGGUGCACUGAGAACAGUAGCCCAACAUUUUUCACUUGGGCAGAGACCUAGUCACCAACGUAGACAGUUCAGGAGGCAUAGUCGUCGCCAAUCAAGUGCAAACACUUCUCAGAGAUCAGCUUCAUCCAGGUCUGGGGCGCUGGAUAACUACUUUCGGGUUAAUACCCGACAGCGCACAGCAACAGACGGGCUUGCACAAUAUGGAGCAGAUGAUGUGAGCAGUGAAGAUUCAAGCACUGAUCAGAGCACCGAUCUCAGUGAAUCAGAGGAGAGUGGCAGCAGCACAGAGAUAGAGGAUGACUAUGGAGGAAAUGAGUCUGUGGCAACCUCUGCUUCAGCCAGUACCUUGGCAGUGGCAAACCCCACACCAGCACAGAGUGCUGAGAAUGAGGGAUCGCAGUCUAUACAUCAAGAGCAGGAGUGCAUGGCCUCAUGUUCAGAAGACACUCUAAAUGUGAAAAAAGAUGAACCAAGUUCAGUCUCUGAUGAUGAAGGUGAUACUUGCUCAAUAUGCUUUGAGCCAUGGACUAAUGCAGGAGAGCAUCGUCUUGCUGCUCUGCGAUGUGGUCAUCUUUUUGGAUUUACUUGCAUUGAUCGGUGGCUGAGAGGACAAGGAGGAAAAUGCCCACAGUGUAAUAAGAAAGCUAAGAGAUCAGAUGUGGUGCUACUAUAUGCUCGAGUACUGAAAGCUGUGGAUACUAGUGAACAGGAGCGAUUAAAGAGUGAUCUGGAAAAGGAGCAAAUGUUACGCCAGAAGGCAGAGCUGGAAUCUGCACAAUGUCGCCUCCAGCUCCAGUUCCUGACAGACGAGUGCUCCAAGUUACGUAAACAGUUGCAGGAGCUGAGAUGCCUGAUGGCCAAGCACGGUCCAAGUGCUUCACAAGGUCCCUCAAGUUCAAGUAACUCACUGAACAUCAGUUCCAGCCAAAGCCAGUGCAAGUACCAGUUUGAGAAAGGCAUUAUGAUUUCACAGAGUGGAAACUGUCGAGUCAUGGCUUACUGUGCUUCAAUGAGCUGCCUCGUUGUGUCCCAACCUUCUCCUCAAACCAGUCUCCUUCCUGGGUGUGGUGUUAAGAAGAUCAGUGCAGUGAACUUCCGCAGUACCCAGUAUAUUCCAAUCCAUUCCAAGCAGAUCAGAGGCUUGGCAUUCAGUGAUCGACUUGACAGUGUUCUCUUAUCUGCUUCACUAGAUACUACUGUCAAAUUAACCAGUUUGAUUGCAAAUACUGUGGUGCAGACCUACAACCCUGGUCGCCCUGUAUGGAGUUGCUGUUGGUGCUCAGAUGACACAAACUACAUCUACGCUGGACUGAUAAAUGGUUCUAUCCUGAUGUAUGACAUGAGGGACACCACCACCCAUGUUCUGGAGCUCCCUCCACAGGGUUCCAGGUGUCCUGUGACCUCACUGUCCUAUCUCCCUCGGAUGGCAUCUGCAGCAUUUCCAUGUGGUGGUCUAGUGGCAGGCACUUUGGAAGGGGGUUGUUUUUGGGAACAGAAAUCCACAAACACAUACAAGGCACAUCUGCUACCUCUGGAGGCUGGGAGUUGCACAGAUAUACAAAUCGAGCCUGUAAUGCGACACUGCCUUGUUACCUACAGACCAGGUAAAACUCACAAUUCUUUACGGUGUGUCAUGAUGGAGUUAUCAAGCAGUGCCUCUCCAGAGUCGCUCGAGAACCUCAUCUGCACUUGUUACCCAGUGCAAACAUUCAAUGCAGGUCCCACAUGUAAGCUUUUAACGAAAAAUGCAAUUUUCUUAAGUCCUGAGAAAGAUGGCAGUGUCCUGGUGUGUGCAGGAGAUGAGGCAACCAACAGUGCAAUGUUGUGGAAUGCAGGGACGGGCUCUCUCGUCCAGAAGCUUCAAGCUGACCAACCCAUACUGGAUAUCUGUCCAUUCGAGGUGAAUCAAACCAAUUUCCUUGGAACACUGACUGAAAAAAUGGUGAAGAUCUACAAGUGGACCUGAUGGAAUCUAUAUUUAUAGUUUUGUUUUCACUGACUUGCUAAGGAUGGGAAUCAAAGGCCCAAAUCUGAUGAUGGGAUGAAUCAUGGCACUUUAUAAAACUUUGCUCAUAUGUGGGCCAUGUGUGACAGAUGUACCCUCUCUAUCUAAUGAUCAAAAUGCUCCUAUGCUGUAAACCAUGGCCUUUGUUCAAUUGCUUCCAUUGUUGACAAAUACUAAUAAUGAGAGUGGUGACAUUUCCAACAAGACUCUGGGUAAAAAUAAAAGCUUUUUUAGUACCAUUUUACCUAUUCGUUAUUUUACCUCUCUUGGCAUUUGCAAUUUACUUUGCCUUUAUUAAUGUAUAAAUGAUGUAAAUUGCCAGGAGUCCCCAAGAGACCUGCAGCAACUCUUCCCACACACUCUGUAUCCCUUCUCCCUUAGCUAAUUCCAAUGAGGAUUUCUACAUUUAACUGACUUCCAGUAGACCAACAGCAAAGGAACGAGUACAAGGUGGGAGGGGGACUAUUAAUAAUAUGCAGGCUAAUCCACAGUAUUGCCAUUUAAAUCCAACCUUUUCAAAAUCCCUCCCAUGUAGAUCUGUAGAAAUGGUUCCCUCUACCAUUGGAGGACCUUCAGAGAAUUGGGAUCUUGUACAAUUUGGUGUGAUGCUGCAUCUCCUAAUUUGAGGAGGAAGAAAUUUCCAUUUGUUGAUUUGAUUGGAUACUAGAGAUUCUUGUAAGCAAAUGUAUCUUGUUGCACAAGACCAGAAUGUUGACACUGAUAACAUAAUGAUCGAGAGAAAGGGACCACGAUUGGAUAUGUUACAAGAGUCUGGUCUAAUUUGAUGCAGGAAAUUUCCUGCUGGUGAAGGCAGUGGAUGCCAGUAUUAGAUCUACACUUGACUGGGAAUGUGCUCAUUUGCAAUAAAAAUUUUCAGUAUGUAUAUCUGUCAUUUUAAUAUUAUUACAUUGAAAUAAAAAAAUUAUCUGCAUGUGAAA